AUGAGAAUAAAAGUGAGAACACCAAUAAUACUCCUGGCAAUUGCAAUUCCGCUAUUUGCAUCGGAUAACGAAAAUAAAAUAUCAGAAAGUGCCACCGAUGCUGAAAACGAUGUUCAUCAUGACGAGAAAAAACACGAACCACUGAUUUCAGUUGAAGAAAUACAAGUUACAAAAUUAGAGAGCAUCCGUGCCGAAAGGAUCGAAACCACUAGUGCGAACGGCAACUUAACUGAUUCAAUUGGGGAGUCGAACGUAAACCCAGGUCGCAGGAAAACGACUGAAGAGGCCCAGAUAGCGAAAGAGGGUGAAAUACAACUUGAGGAAGGAUUGGAAGGUGACGAGUCGUCAUCGCCGCAAAAGCUGGUUAAUGGCAAGCACAGAAACGAUAGAAAAGUUGAGGAGGGGAUGGGAGAACAUUUGAUGGACUCGUCACUUGCGAGUAAAGCAGAUCAGACAGCAAUGCAGAACGGCACUAUCACUAACAACAGUACAGAAACAGGAUCUUCUGCAAAUAUGAAAGCCGAUUUCAACAAUCUCAAACAAGGAAACACCUCAGAAACACAACAAUUAGAAAGCGACUCUAUGCAUACGAAUUCAAAGAUAGAUGAUCCGAUUGACCCAGUCGACACUGAGAAAGACAAAGGGGGAGAAGUCACAGUACUUGAUGAAGAUGAUUUCAAACUCAGAGGCCGUGUUGCAGUUGAUUACGCUAGCAAAUCGGCUGGUGCAUUAGUCAUCGAAAAGUCUGGGUCCUUCAAGGGGACUUCAAAUUUGCUCAAUGGAGAUAAGGACAAGUAUGCAAUAGCCCCAUGUGAAGAAAAGAAAUUUGUGGUGGUCAGCUUGUCGGAAGACAUCCUUGUAAAGGAAAUCAAGCUUGCAAAUUAUGAACGGUUUUCAUCCACUGUAAAGGAAUUUCAGGUCAUGGGGAGUCAAACUAUGGAUACCUGGGUGGACUUGGGAACGUAUGGCGCUGCACCAGGAAACGGUGAACAAAAAUUUGAACUGAUAGAACCUGCUUGGGCACGGUACUUAAAAUUCAAGUUUCUCAGUCAUCACGGUGUUGAAUACUACUGUACAUAUAGUCAAAUAAAGGUUCAUGGAAGUACCAUGGUGCAAGGGUUUCACGAGCAGUGGGAAGAGAGCGAGGAUCCAGCUGAGGUGGUCGUAGAUGAAAAUAGUGAUUUCGACGGAGCCUCGACGGAUGAAACACAUGGGCGCAACGAAACUUUGGCUAUUGCAAACAGCGAUGAGCACCCUGCCAAAAAUGAAAGAAGAAUGAUACAAAAUAGGACACAUCCUGGAGCGUCUGAAUUUCCAAGCGUAAGUGAGCUUUCCAUGCCGAUGUCAUUGGGAUACAUUCUCGAGGGUAGGCUUUCGAGCGACGACGACACUUUUAAAAGCUACAGGUUGUCGGAUGAUUUCUUGAAGCAUUUGUCCCGCGCGUCGAGAAAAGCAUUGAUGGAGCGUAGAACUCUUGUGCCCCUAGAAGUGGGCACUUCGAUUCGUCUAAAUCAAAUCGUUCCGGAAAUUUCUUCCAAAGGAGGCAAUGUGCAGAUAUCUGCUUCGAAAAUGUCGAUAGAUUUCAAGAAGACUCUUAGUAUACUAUUUGGCCAAACCGACAUGGGGUCGAACGAUAACUUGUCGUAUUUGCUAUACCCUGUGACCAAUGGUGGUCAACCAGAUCUUCGCAAAGCUACAGAUCAGCAAAAGAUACAGCCCUUCAAUAGUUCAGAGGAGGACCGUCUGCGUGAAGAUAAGGGGGACAACAUGGAAAUAGAAAAGAAAAGUCUUGACCCCGAUGUGCUAGAUGACAAAGAAAAUGAUUUGACCACAUCAAGAGAUUUGAAUACUGCAGCUGGGACAUCAUCGCCUACGCCUCAAACACCAACAACUCAGAAUCAGAUUGACUCUUCCGAAGAGUACUUCGAGCUUGACGCGUCGAUUGCGAAGCUUUUGGUUGGUUUGCCCGGUGCUGAUUGCCUUACAAAACUCGAUUUCGCAGAUUUCAAAGCAAAGGCGCAUCGCAAAGACCAUGUUGGACCUGGGUCGUCCAAUCAUGUAGGAUCAAUGGAGCCCAUAUUCAAAAAGCUUACCGAUGAGAUCAAGGCGUUGCAAAUUAACCUUUCUACUCAAGAGCAAUUUACAAAGGUUUCUGUUGCAUGUUAUCAGCGUGUAUUGUUGGACCUGAUGUCAGAGAACGAAAAAACACGGCGACAACAUGAAGUGAGACUUUCAAUGUUAGAAGAUGAGCUUUACUCUUCUGAAGCCUUCGCAUGGCGACUUCUUCGCAGUAUGUCUUCGAUGGUAUCCGUAUUUUAUUCAUUCAUGGUGGCAUGGGGUGAAACGCUGGUGGAAUUUUGGUUCGAGAUUUGGUCAUGGGUCGUAAUUGCAUUUUUUUACACCUUAGGGUCAGGUCUAAAGUUCUUAACGCACCUAUGGCUACCGACGAAACGAUUUUUAUCGUCGUUUGGUCCUCUGUAUCCAGGAAUAAUCCCGCCACUCGUCGACCAUGUUGACAACCUCUUGCAAUACUGUGAACAACGUUGGAGCUCCGCUUAUCUGCCACCGUCAUCUGGAAUCGCACUCGAUGUCAUGAAGUUUGCAACUCUUCAAUUCCUGUCGGCAGUCCUGGUUUAUGUCAUCAUAGCCCAUUUGCGAGCGAACUUGACUGGAGCGACCGGCAUGACUGAGAUGGCAAAAAUUGAAGUCCCGAAGACGACGAGCAGCUUGCCGGUAAUUUCGCCUGAGAAGGAUGCAAAGCGAUUAUGA